AUGAAACAGCCGACUAGUAAGGAAGACAAGAUGAAAAACAGCAGAGAAACACUGAACAGCUUGUGUUCUGUGUCAGCUUUGCUGUUGUCUGUUGCGUGUUGUAUGGCUCUAAUUCACGUUGAACUCCGAAUACAAGAACAUCACCGACUGAUAUCACACUCGGUAACAUUCUGUGAUCAGAUGGAAACGCAGAUUCUGAGGAAAGUUCAGCAGAAUUACGAACGAUGGCAAGUUACGAAAGUUGAUGGCUUAAAAGGUCAUUUGCAGGGGACAAAUGGUAAGGAAAAGUUUUAUAGAAUUUUUUGGUUUUUGAUGUUAACAUCAGCUUGUUUCAGAUCGUGGUGAUUAAGAAAAUUAUCCUUGUUUAGCAUACUGAGGAGCUUUAUCUUCAAAAUUUGUUCCGACUACUCGCUUAGAAUCUGCAAUAAGAGUACAGGCUUGUAAUCGGUGAGGCUGUCAAGAACAGAAUAGACCUUGUCACGGUUUUCGACGCCAUCUUGACGUGUUUGUAUGAGAAUCUAAUGUCGAAUAUAUAAUUUCCACAAAACGGUUGUUCUGAAAAAAAUAUCGAUUGUAAACUAAAGCUACAAAGCAAAGGAUUGUCCUAAACAAUUUUGGGGGCGUACCUGUUCUUAAAUUUCUCUAGAGGCUUGCUUUAGAUUUUCCAUAUAUUUGUCUGUAAUUUUCCCGGGACUUUCUCAUGAAAAUUUUAAAAAGUGGUUCUAGGUCUUGUAGUGCAUUCAACGCCCUUGAAUUUUUUCAGUGGAAUCCUUAGGAGUGAACCUUUAGUUUACAAAACAUAUUUUUUUCAGGAGAGCCGUUUUUCGGAAAUUAUUCGACGUAAGAUUCUCAUACAAACACUGUAAUUUCUCACGCGUUUGUCUACUCGUGAAGAUGGCGUCGAAAACCGUGACAAGGUCCAUACAACAAGAGCCAUCAACCAACCGCAAAAGGAGUGAAAACAACCCUUCUUGAGUAACUUUAAAAGUAUCACUGCUCAUUUCAAACGAACGAUAUUAUAACAACCUUCAGCUACACUGAUACAGUAAAUGAAAAUCAAAAUUAUAAUUAUUCGGUUCUAUCGAACACAAAAUGAGUCCGUAUUUCCUUGGGCUUUAUACGAGGAGUUGGCGAAUGGACAUGAUUUGAACUGGAUUGGGUGUACAAUGGUGGAUUAGCUCGGUAAGAAUUUAAAAAGACUAUUUUUUUACGCUAACUCAGAGGAUGCAUGUCGGGAAGAAAAACCGUCAAGGCAGCGGUCGUUUUUUAGAUUGUUUUCACCUUUGGGGGUUUGUUUGUUUUUUCUUUGGUACGAUGUAUAUUUAAGCUGCUCAGAAAGGGCUUUAUUUAAUGUUUUGAAAGGUCUUGGCGAGUAUGAAAACGUCAAUUCAAGACAGAAGAGAGCGUCUCCCGCUAACUCACAAGCAAAAUCUGUCCAAACAGAAUCGCAAGUAAAACUACUCAUCAAAGAAGAGCUUCGAGUGCUGCAAAACCAAUUCUGUUCAAAAGAUGAAAAGCUUUGCCGCUCAGGACCAAAAGGUAAUGCAGGGAGACGGGGAAGACCCGGAUUCCGGGGGAGACCAGGUCCCCCAGGGAAGCCCGGGCCAGAAGGACCUCCUGGUAAACAUGGGCCAGUGGGACCUCCAGGACCCGUCGGCAUUAAAGGGGAUCUCGGAGUACCGGGGGUCGCUGGUCCCAUGGGUCCUAGAGGCCGACAAGGUCAAAAGGGAACAAAGGGUGAGCCGGGCCAGUCCAUCAUGGCUCCAUCUCUGCUGCAGAGUCCUCUUGAGACAACUGUCAAUCAAAGCCAGACGGCCAUCUUGAAAUGUUCAGCGGAUGGUAAUCCAACUCCACAAAUCACGUGGUCUAAGAUGAACUCGCGGCUUCCGAUGGGACGUAACAAGGUAGAGUCCAGUGGUGCUCUGAUUUUGAGGGAUGCGAGGCCUGGAGACGAGGGAGUUUACAGCUGUGAAGCUAGAAAUUUACUUGGGAGCGUUAACGCUUCAGCUAAACUCACUGUACAGUGUAAGUGGACGUGGUUACUUUGUUUAAAGAUUAAAGUGGACUAAGAAUUCUAUGAAUCGACAAUUACCAGCGGAGUCGUGAAAUUUAACUUCGAAAAGACAGGUUGGAUAGACCGUGAUUAAAAAAGCUCCUUAAACAAAACAUAAAAAAAUUCCUAUAUUAUGUCACCGGUUACGAUUGGAUAUUAAACUUUGAAUCAUGUGGUAUUAAAACAUAAUUUAGACAGUGCUUAACUGAAAAACAUACUUUUUGUCGAAUUCAAUUUUGCUAAAUCAGAUCUGUAUCUGGAUAUCGUUUAGUGUGGAUAGUAUAAAGAAGAGCAACAACGUAACGCAGGCUACAAAACCAUUUGUCUACUUAAAAUAAGCUACAGUUGACUCCCGCUAACUCGAACCUCGCGCUAACUCAAACCAAAGUCGAUUUCCCCUGGAUUUCCUUCUUACAUUUACUGCAAUUUUACCCUCGGUAACUCGAACCUCCCGCUAACUCGAAGUAAUUUUUGUUUCCCUUCAGCUUAUUUCUAUACAACUUCUGACCCUCGAUAACUCGUACCAUGUUAUAAGCGCGUGACAAGUCCGGAAAAAACCGUGUACUGAAGUCCAAAACAUUGAAAUAUUUCGAAAGUCCGAAAUAUUUCAAAACAACCUAGUAAAUUCUUUGUCUUUACUUUUUUGUCACUCCAGUUCAAAUUCAGUGUCCAUUCCUGUAUACUUAUACUUCCUUCCCAUCCAUUUGCUUAUUUCCUUAUUUCCGGUUAUUUGAUUCAAACUCCCGAAAACUCGAACUUUUUCGAUUUCCGUUGAAGGUUCGAGUUAUCGGGAGUCCACUGUACUUGCAAACACAUUUUGAGGGGUCACUGAUUUUCUGCGCUCUAAUUCAGACUUUCUUUAACAAGUGGUCUGAUUUUCUAUUUUUCGCCAGUUGGUCCGCGACCUUCAUUGUCAUCCAAUCGACUGAUGGCUGAAGAGAAACAAAACGUCACCAUCGCCUGCACUGCUACUGGUCAGCCGUCACCUAAGAUCACGUGGUCCAAGGCAGUGGGAAGUUUACCUGGAGGCAGAAUCAAGGUGCAAGGUGGAACCAUGAAAAUCUACAGUGUCACAAAAAAAGAUGGUGGAGUAUACAUUUGUAAAGCAGAGAAUAUUCUGGGAACAGCAACAGCCACAACCCUUGUUAUGGUAUUCUCUCCAUUGCAGUUUAAAGUCCGUCCUCCACAAGAGGUGACUUUUGUGAUUGGUUCCACUCUCCGUCUGCCGUGUGCGGCCGAGAGUGAGCUGAGUACCACACUUGCUUGGACAAUGAAUGGCGCUAAUGUACUUCCUGUAAACGCUCGUGUUCUUCAAGAUGACACUCUAGUUAUUGAAAAUAUCAAGAAAACUCAAAAAGGAUCUUACAUUUGUCGAGCCAGCAAUACCCUAACAACAAUAGAAGCUAAAGUCAAAAUCACUCCAAUUGUUGCUUCCUGUUCUGAAGUUAAAAAAUACAUCAGCAGUGUAAGCGGAAAUUACGUCAUUGAUCCUAAUGGCAAGGGAGGUCUGGCACCAUUCACGGUGUUCUGUGACAUGACUGAUAAAAGUGGAGUUGGCGUGACAGUCAUUGGUCACGACAGUGAGAGCAGAACACAUGUUUCUGGAUGUGAUCCAUCAGGGUGUUACUCACGUGACAUUCAUUACACAGGAGCGAGUCUGUCUCAGCUGGCGAGUCUCACCAGAGUCUCUUCACACUGUGAGCAGUUCAUCAAGUACGAGUGUUACGAUUCAGUGAUAUUCCGUUGGGAAUAUGCUUGGUGGGUGUCACGUGAUUCCGCAAAGAUGACAUACUGGGGUGGGGCGUCACCUGGUAGUGGUAAGUGCGCAUGCGGGAUGACUAACUCAUGUGCAGACUCCAAUUAUGGUUGUAACUGUGAUAAGAAUGACUUUGUAUGGCGUGAAGACAGCGGUCUUCUCACUGAUAAGACAAAGCUUCCUGUAAAACAACUCAGGUUUGGUGAUACUGGCGGAAGCAGCGAACAAGGAUAUCACACUCUGGGAAAACUGAGAUGCUUUGGCAUUGCAUAA